AUGUCAACUAUUCAAGGCAAACGUAGAGUUAGAACAGUUAACAUAAAACUUUUAAACAAAUUAUUUGAGAAAUUCUUAGAUAUUAUUAACAACAUUGACGAUGAAAACCAGUUUAGUAACCUUAGUGACUUAAAAGACACUUUAAACGAAAAAUACAAUAAAGGCACCCAAUUGGAAGAGAUAACCUUACUGGUUGAGGAUGAGGACGAGUUAGAAAAUGAAGUAGAAUCUUCUACAGAAUUUAAUCUAGUAUUCAAAAGUGAAAUUUCUAAAAUUAAUAAAGAGUUGAAGAAAUUCGACAUUAAAACUGAAUGCAAUAGUUCAUUUAGUAACUUUAAAAACAAGACAGUAAAAUUACCUGUUUUAAAAUUAGAUAAUUUUGGCGGAGAACCUGAAAAGCGGACAUCAUUUAAAGAAAAUUUUGAAUGUGCUAUAGAUAUGAAAAAUGAUCUGUCAGGAAUUCAAAAAAUUACUUAUCUUCGAAACUUGCUAAAAGGCUCAGCUUUGUCAUCUAUUUCAGGUAUCAGUUUAUCCGAUGAAAACUACAAAAUAGCUUUAGACAUCCUUAAGGAGCGUUAUGAAAAUAAGCAUAAUAUGAUAUCAUUCCACAUGAGAUAA